CACUGAUUUAAGAGUAAAGCAAACAACAAAGAUUUUCCCUUGCUUUAAGUGUGGGCUUGUAGAAAAUGUAACAUCUUCAUCUACUUUCAAGCCAAGCCAUGUUAAACCUGAGAGCCCUUUGGAUUUCUUAAACUAAUCUGAAACAUGGUGUGUGACAAUAUGAGCAUGCUUCAUGAGCUUGAAAGCUUUAACAUAGAGGAAGACAAUGAGCUGAAUGUUUUCGACAUCCCGACAUGGAAAAGUGAACGUGGUAGCAAGACUCUUGUUAACGUGGAUAGCUUCGGCGCAGCUGGAGAUGGAGUUUCUGAUGAUACUCAGGCUUUCCAGAAAGCCUGGGGUAUUGCUUGCAAUACAACAAAUGCAGUUUUCUUGGUACCCCAAGGACGCCAUUAUCUAGUGAAUGCUACAAAAUUUCAAGGGCCAUGCACGGAUAACUUGAUCAUCCAGAUUGAAGGAACUAUAGUAGCACCAGAUGAGCCUAGUAACUGGGAUCCGAAUUUUCCACGAACAUGGCUUGAUUUCACUAAACUGAAUGGAGUCCUUUUCCAAGGGCAUGGCGUUAUUGAUGGCUCAGGCAGUAAAUGGUGGGCCGCAUCCUGCAAAACGAACAAGACAAAUCCUUGCAGAGGGGCACCAACUGCAUUUACUAUUGAUAAAAGCUCAGCUAUAAAGGUAAAAGGCAUCACCAUCAAGAACGCCCAACAGAUGAAUUUUGUCAUCUCUCAGUGUGACGCGGUGCGAGUUAAUGCAGUACAAGUCUCGGCUCCAGGAGACAGUCCCAACACUGAUGGAAUCCAUAUCACAGCGUCUACUAAUGUGAUUCUCCAAGACUGCAAAAUUGGAACAGGUGAUGAUUGCGUCUCAAUUGUCAAUGGUACCUCUGGAAUUAAGAUGAAAAGAAUCUUUUGCGGACCAGGACAUGGAAUCAGCAUCGGAAGUCUUGGGAAGGAUAACUCCACUGCCAUGGUCACAAAAGUGGUCUUGGAUACGGCAUACCUCAGGGAGACGACCAAUGGCCUCAGGAUUAAGACUUGGCAGGGCGGUUCUGGUUAUGUUCGUGGAGUCCGUUUCCAGAAUGUGAAGAUGGAAAAUGUAUCAAACCCGAUAAUCAUAGAUCAGUUUUACUGUGAUUCCCCCAAAACUUGUCAAAAUCUGACAUCAGCGGUGCAAAUAACCCAAGUCAUGUACAAGAACAUUUAUGGAACCACAAAGAGUGCGAAGGCCAUGAAAUUUGCCUGCAGUGACACAGUUCCAUGCAGGAACAUAGUUCUGACUGACGUCAACUUAGAGAAGGAGGAUGGCCAAGUGGAAACAUACUGCAACUCUGCGCAAGGCUUCGGGUAUGGCAUUGUGCAUCCUUCUGCAGAAUGUCUGAAUUCCCAUGACAAAGACUCCACGAUCAACGGUCAGACAUCUGAAUCUGAGCUUGCAGAUCUGACUACAGCGGAUAUUGUGCACACUGAGCUAUGAUUUGGUUCCCUAUAUGCACAUAACUAAAUAACUGUUUGAUAGUAUACUGAACAGGGUAAUGAGCCUGUAGAGUGCUCUCUAGUAAUGUAAAGGAUUAUUGGAGGGGGAAGGGGAUCCUCUCCGGAUCCCUUCCUCCUAAUCCACCAAGUCCGGGGAUCCGGACCAUUGAAAUUUGAUCAAACGGCUGUAAACAAGGGCAUACUUUAAAAGUUACAAUAACUUUAGCCAUUGGAUUAAAUUUCAAUGGUCCGGAUCCCCGAACUUGGUGGAUUAGGAGGAAAGGAUCCGGAGGAUCCCUUUCCAUUGGAGGGAGGUUUAAGGGGCAGUUGCGCAGAAUAUUAUUAUAUAGAAUUAUAGUUAUGAAAUUGAUCACUCUUUUGUUAAGGAUACUGACGCAUUGAAAAAACCGCACUUCCACUCUUUAUUUUUCGACUUUGAUUUCAUUUAUUGACAUGAUUGAUCAUUUGA